AAUAGCAGCUGGACGGACCGGCGUCUGUUUCUGAAUUUCUUCGUUCUUGAUGUUUAAUUAGCAUUAUCAUUUAGCAUAGGCAUUUUUAUCAUUUUUUAAACAGCGUUCCUACUCAUUUAUAUUUGAAGUUUGAGGAAUCAUUAUGUCUGAAAAUUACCAAAUUCGCCCGGCGAAAAAAGACGACUGUGCCGAAAUAAAAAGAUUGAUACAGGAAUUGGCUGACUUUGAAAAACACCCUGAUGGACCAAAGCUUUCAGUUGAAGAUUUGCAACGGGAUGGCUUUGAGAGUGACCCUCCAAAAUACCGAUGCAUCGUGGUUGAAAACAACACAAUUGGUGCCGACGGCUCCCUUUGCGGUUACGCGAUUUACUUCCAGACUUACUCCACCUGGGAAGGGUCAGCGCUGAGGUUGGAGGACAUUUACGUGUCUCCUGCACACCGCAGAAACGGACUUGGCAGGAUCCUGCUUGCUCAUAUUGCAAAGGAGGCUGAAGAUGAGGGAUUCUGCCGAAUUGACUUUUCCGUCUUGUCGUGGAACCCGGCGUCUGCUUUUUACAAAUUGCUUGGCGCGCACAACAUCACCGACCUGGAACAGUGGGCCAUGUGGAGAUUCGAGAAGGACACCAUCCACGAACUGGCCGAGAGGGCACGAAACUAAAUUUUUCUCAAGGGCACAAAGACUGUAGGUUUUUUUUAGGACUGAGUGAGAAUUUUUUAAAUAGUGGAAUUUGAGCGACUGAUUAAAAAACCUUCAGGAGACCGAGAAAUUUAUAGUUUAUAUACAAAAUGCAAUAAAAUUUUGGCUUAAAUAAU